CAUCAGUUUUGGCGGGAACGCCUCGCGGGUCGUGUUCGAUUGUGCCAUAAUGGUGUCGGACGAGGCUCUCCGAGAGCAUUUCGAUGCAAUGGGCUGUGCAGUCAAAGAAACUGCGGUUCUGCAGAAAUGCAUGGAUUUGUGCGAUCUGUACAAUUUAGACGAGGAGACAUUCGUGGACAAAUGGAUAGCAUUUGCCCUUCUUCGUUUCAAAACCAUCGAUUUGACAUUAGAUGGUCUCGGGAUGAUGGAACGAGUGGAAUUGAAGAGGGUGGAUAGAAAAGUACCGGAGGCUCGAUUGGAACAGGACCUGUCUAAACUUGCCGUGUAUAGUCCACAUGCGACGAAGGAUGAAGGCGAAAACAUUCUUGAGAUGUACGGUGGGAAGCAUCUCAAUACUCCAAAAGCCAAGAGGCUGAGGAGUCCGGAGUCGGAGCAAGGAGAACAGGACAGCAAAGUGCGAGCCAUCGGGGAGACCCUCUCGCCGUCGACCUAUACUUUGAAGACAGGCACACCUAGUCGAAGACCGGUCAGGGUUGGGACCAGGAUUCUGGUGUCCAUCGGGCAGGAAGUAACGUCCUGGAAAUGUGGGAGUGCACAGAAGGUCGAGGUCCAGAAAACCGAGGAUCCUCACGUCCCGAGCAACUCUAUGUACAUGUUCGAGUUGAUAACGAGGAAGGGAGAGAUACUGACUCGCGUGUGCUGGGACGUAGGGCAACGAUUGUGCGGACAUUGGCAGAAAUUGAAGGGGGAUGAUAUGCAGAGCACUUGGAACGUGACCCUCAAGUCGCAGAUGGCGUUUAGAACCUGGGGCCGAAUCUGCUGCGAGCGGGAGGGGAAAUUGAACGUCGCCUCGAUCUUACUCGAAGGGGCGAAAUCACCGAAUACGGUUAAAGGCAUUCCCAUCAUAAAGCUGGACCUUUCCAGCAUUCCGCAGUACUCCGUUUUUCGGGGUCAGGUCGUCGCGGUGGAGGGCUGCAAUCCGACCGGAAAUGUCUUGGUCGCGAAGGAGAUGUUCGUGGAAAGUUUUGCACCCUUUCCGAAGAGUCCGUACUUGAAGGAGAACGUCACAAUAUUUGUCGCGGCUGGACCGUUUACUAUGUCGGGCGAUUUGGACUAUCAACCCUUGACCGAUCUACUACAGUCCGUUAUGGAAAACGAGCCGAAUGUCCUGAUUCUCGUUGGUCCUUUCGUGGACUUCAGUCAUCCAGAGAUUCGGUCUCCGUCUAUAACGCUCACGUUCCAGGAGUUCUUCGAAAAGAUUGUCGGAAGAAUCAUGGACGCCGUUAAAGGUUUGUGCACGCAAGUUGUCCUGAUCCCUUCGCAUCGGGAUGCUCACCACCAUCCAGUCUAUCCAACGCCGGAGUUCGCACUUUUCGGCCCACGGUAUCCGAAUUUGCAUUUAAUGCCGGAUCCUUCCAUGUUGAAUAUCGAAGGUCUGAUCAUGGGAGUUACGGCCGUCGACGUUUUCAUGCAUCUAGGCCGAGAAGAAUUCAGCGCGAAUGCAUCGGGGAUUAAUAAACUAAAUCGGCUGGCCACCCACAUACUGGAUCAAAAAUGCUUUUAUCCAUUAAACCCUCCCGCCUUGGAAGUAAAUCUAGACACGCAUCUGUGGGAAAAAUACGCCUUCAUGUAUCAGCAGCCGCAUAUUUUGAUAUUGCCGUCUGAUAUGCGAUACUUUUGCAAAUGUUUGAACAAUUCCGUUGUUAUCAAUCCGGAACGUUUGUGCAAACAUACCUACGCAAGGCUGAAUGUUAGACCAGUCUCUGGGGGCGCUUGGACCACCGAUAAUGUUUCCUGCGAGAUAAUCAAAAUUUAAAACUCCGGAAGGCUUGCCUGCACCACCUGAUGUUCUGCAUCCCCAAAGACUGCCUUCUUCGGCCAAAAGGUGUGACCACCGAAAUCUUACACUUGUAUAUUUUUGUACGAUAGUAAUAUUUAACAAUAAAAUGAAAUAUCGUCUCGU